AUGUCAGCCCACAUUGCACUUUUUAAUGAUGAGUUCCUAAGGCAUGCAAACACUAUUGAGAAACUCUCUAGCAGACUUCAGGCAGAUCUAGAUCUGUUUGAUCUUAGUCCAUAUGAAAUGCAAGAUUGUGAUUCCUAUGUUAAAGAUCGAGUAACUCUUUUCCAGUUCCUGCGUGCCUCCCGGUUCAAUCCACAGAUAGCUCACGAGCAGUUACUUGACACAGUGCGCUGGAGAAUAAAAAUGUCGAUUGGAAAACUAUCGUACCACCACUUUCCCGCCUAUUUUGACACCCCGUGUAUAGUCUUUGAUAAGGUUGAUAGGAUGGGUCGGCCAGUUAUAGUACUUUAUCCACGCAAUUUCCCUUUGUCUGGUACAACAACUGCGGCACAAUCUUCGAUAGGGUCUCUUACGUGUCUCUUGAUGGAGGUCACACGCCAGUAUAUGCACGAUCUGUCUCAAUUGCAUCAAGAGAGCAAACACAUAACCAAUCUCAUAUCGCAAUGUAUUAUCUUGGUUGAUAUGUCCGAAGCGCCCUUUAUUCCUGUGAAUGCCGAAUUGAUUAAUUACAUCAGAGACAUACUUGAUAAGCGGUUUCCUGGGUCUAUCAAAGCCGUGCAUGUGCUUAACUUUGCUUUGGCUUACCAAGGAUUGUGGCAGAUGGUCAAGUUCUUAUUGAGUGAUGACCUGAAGCACAUAAUCAGAUUCAAUUCCGAAAACGAGCUCCAGAAAAUAAUGGCCGAGGAAGAUUUGGAAAGGAUUCUGGGAAGCAUUGGAAGUAACCCGUGGGUUGAAAAAAGUGAAGAAGUGUGGAAAAAGUAUGGUUAUCAUCCUGAUAUAGUACCCCCAAAAAAAAAGUCGAGAAUAAGUAUUCGAGAUUUAUUUCCAGAACCACCAUCCUCACUCAAUCAUAUACCCGAUUCCCUUCCGGAUAUAACAAAUCGAUCUCCAAGGACAGAAGAUAUUACAGAGAAGUCCGGAGAGCCGAAAGAAAAUGCCAUAGUAAAUGAGCCUAGAAAAGAUACCGACUUGGAUAAUGAUCAGACCCUCGACGGCCUUGAUGCUGAAAAUAAUAGCUCUAUUAUUUCUUUGACCUCAAAUAGGUUAUUAAUUAGUCAAAAUAUCAAUACCAACUCGGAUUCUGAGACCUAUACGGCCGCUCCAGGGCAAGAAGACCAAUCUAAGAGUUUGAUCCGACUUACUGGAGCCCAAAAUAACGAUUUAGGAGCACUACAAAAACUGGAACUAGAACGGCAACCCUUGAAUACAUAUAAUGAAAUACUAGAAAAACAUCCAUAUCAGAAAUUAGCCAGUACAUGCACAUAUGCACAGAACACAACUUUGAGUAAGGUCAAUCAGUAUAAAGAAGAUUCAGUUGGAGAUUCGGACCGUUUAGACUUGGUUAAAGUUAAAGGCCAAAGCUUAGACCAGGUUCUGGAAUUCACAGAUACAUCCAUAAACAUUGAAACGUGCAUUACGGAUGAAGCCAUCGUAAUACAGUUAAUUGAAGAAGACAUAUCAGAUACGGAGACAUACAUUGAAAGCGACUUGCACAAUACGAGGACCUCUGAAAUACUACUGAAUGACAGCGAUAUGCUUGUUAAAAACAAUUCGUCACUUCUGUACGAAGAUUCAACACCAUCUAAUGAAAUAGAUGAUGUAGAGCUAAGUAUGCUUUCAGAAGUUACAUACAACGACGAAACAUCAUUUGUGGAACUCCUUCUAGAUUCAGACUCUGUAAAAUCCGUCAAUGAAUCAAUUACCUUACCUUCUAAGCCUUACGUUACGGAUAACAACAUAAAAACAAAGUCCUCCAGCCUAGAAUCACCCGAUCAGAACUAUAAUAGUGUAGUAUGCCCGUCACCUACAAUCACUUACGAAGCAAUCGAAGGUUUUAAUAGUACACCUGCCUUAGCCUACCAGCAAUCGAACACUUUGCGUACCAAUGAGUUCGAUGAACCACUAAAGCACACAGUAACCGAACACAUCGACUCUUGUGAUAGCGAUAGCGAUACUCAUAAAAUUAACAUUUCUCCCUUGAAUAUAACAACAACUGAAUUUCCGGCCAUAGCUAAACACGAUAGUACACAGACAAAUUCUCUUGAAGUAGACCUUGGUCAAACAGAGAAUGUGUGGAAUAUUAUCCCUGAUUUUUCAAAAGCGAGAGAAGCGCAAAAAUCUCUCCAGGAGAAUCUUGUUGAGAUCCUCGCAAGAAUAGAAGACUUGGACUCGCCUAACCAAAUUGAAUGUAUGGGUACAUAUGUUACGAAUGAAGAUCGGCUUACCGAACACAUUAUCAACAUUUGCUCUGAUGAAUAUGAAGAAUAUACUACUCCUAUUUUACCGACCAAAAAAUACGACACAAAUGUGGAAGAAUACGAUGACAUAUUUAACAAGUCUUUAGUCCUCUUUGAUGAGAAAAAUCAUAAAAUCCACGAAAAUAGUAUCGAUAGCUCCCCAUGCGUAGACCAACGAGAUGAAUCUAAUGUUGCCGAAUAUUUGGAUUAUAUACCUUCUAAAGAUAUAAUGGCUACUAUAGCAUCCGUUAAUAGCGAAACGUUAUCAAUAUUCGCAGAUGAAAAUGAAUUAUCUAGGCUGGUUAAUGGUGCUUACGAAAACGUUAUUGAAGAAAAGACUCUUGUCUGUAAUAUUUUCCCAGAAAAACCUAGCAUAAUCGAGAUUAUGGACUCUUUCAAUGAUACACCUGCUGUAAAAGCUCUUACUGAUAUGAUCGCUAGUAUUGACGAUAUGUUAACUGGGAAUGAUGACACGAAAGAUACUCCCUGCAAUAUCAGUUCAGACACUUCAGCAAUAUUUAAAGACAGAAAAUUAUCUACUUUGGAGCCUAUCGAGGAAGAAGAGGCAGAAGUAAACAAAGAAAACGACGAAACAUUAGAAACUGAAGAUCUUUCGAAUGUGGGAACAGAUAUAAAGUAUCAUCCAACUAUGUCAAAGAGCAUAAUCAAAAAACGCCCGGUAGACAAAACAGCUUUACCUAAUGAAAUCAAGCCUUUUGUCCCAGAAGUUAAUAAUGGAGGAAUGCUACGCAUAGAAGACUCCACAAACUGUGUCUCAGACACAAUAUCUAGUAAGACAUCUGACGAUUCACUAUCUCUUGUUUAUAAGACCCAUAAAGAAGAAUCACUCGCUGCCGGAUCAGAAAUAUGUGCCUUAAUUGAAUCCGACUGCAAGGGGCUUGAGAAAUGCAGCAAGUAUGUUUCAAGCUAUGGCGAAUUGGCAGUGGCUUUAUCCAAUGUGUCCAACUUUUUGGAUCUAUUUACUGAAGAUGGUUUCGAUAAAAAUGACUAUACCACUCCCAAGAAAUUCUACAACCGAGUCGAUUUAAUUCAGAACAAUGAAGGCGACUUAAUAAACUCGAGUAAAACCAAGCCUUACGAUUAUUCUAAAUCUCUCGACUUGGAAACAUAUGAUAAUGAGAUCGAAACGCUGCUGAAUAUUACAUACGACAGCCCAUAUAUUAUCAACAAGAGAAAAGAUAUCUACGGGGAUUACAUGUGUUCAAGCACUUAUGCAGACAAAACAGCUGAAUUAAAUAAUAGCACAUACACCUCACCAAGGUCAGAAAAAGAGGAAUACUAUACCUAUUCAAACUACACUGACGAGAUUACUCUAAUGAUGAAAAUUUCGUAUGAAGUGACAAGGUCUACCAAAGAAGAGAAAAUUACUCGAUCCGAAUGCUUUGACUAUAACACUUAUACCAAGGAAAUUCUCGCUAUGGCUAAUAUAUCCUAUGAAGCACCGAAAGUUAAAAAUGAAGGAAUUACCUGUUUUAAAGACCUUGAUUCAAUCUCUUAUGCCGAGGAAGCUGCUACUAUGAUGAAUAUCAAGUUUAAUGUCUCAUCAUCAGUUAAAAACGAAACUUAUGGUUACUCUAUCUCACCGUAUUCAAAUAUUCUUGCUGAUGAAAUCAAAACAAUGAUGAAUAUUACAUACGAUCUCCCUUUAUUGGUUAAAGAACAAACUAUCCUUCCUGGAUCUCCUGGUCUAGAUACUUUUAUUGCCGAAGUCGGUGUUAUGAUGAAGAUCGAAUAUGAUAUACCAUACUCCGCCAAGAAAAAGUGCUUUCCAUAUCCUACAUUUGCUGAUACGAAUAUGUAUGAAGACGAAGUUGUUCUUUUGAUGAAUAUUUCGUACGAUAAUCCAGAAUCUAGCGAGGCAAAUCGAGCUAUACCCUCUAGCCGACAUGUUUCAAGGAAUUGUGCAGAUGAAAUAGAUAUCAAAAUGAAGAUAAUGUCUUAUAUACAAAGUCAAGCUGCAGAAGGGAUAAACUCCAUGGAUAAUGAUUCAAUUACAACGUAUGAAGACGAAAAGGAUUUUCUGUUAGCUAUUACGAGCAAUACAAUUCUCUUGGAUAAAGCGACACAAACUUUGGCUGACAGUGCCGAGUUAAAUAUCAACAAAGAAGAAAUAUAUUUCGAGACCACACCCACACACGGCACCGAAAUCACAAACAAAGAAUCGACGCCAGAUAAAACAAUGAAUUUUAACUUAAAUUCUUAUACUGAUGAAGUCCCAAUUUUACAGUCUAUUCAAUACGAUUCUUCCACCUUUGAUGAGCACAUUAUUACUGUAAAUUCAAAAGACAUGGAGCCGGAUUUUGACUCAGAAAGCAAAGAUAUCUGUGAAAAUACCAAUAAUUAUACAAAUACGAGCAAGGCACUAGUAACGGAUAUUCUCAGCGUUUCUUAUAUAAAGUCUUGCUCAGAAGCGACUCCAAACACAGUCACCUUGAAGAGUACAGUAGAAUUGGAUAACAAAAUUGUUGGAACUUCUCAAAACCACAAUGAAAAGUCUCGUAUAGAAGAGCUAUUUAAAACGAACACUAUAUGUGAAGAAAAAUACAAAGAAAAUGACACGACUAAAAUGGUAACCAUGAAUGAUCCUGGAGUAGGGGAUGUAAAUAUAGGAGAAAAUAAUGCAUGCGAAGCAAAUGUUUCCGAAGAAAAUUAUUCUGAGCGCUACGGUUUAUCAACAAGAUCAGUUCUCGAAGAAAAAUUAGAGGCAUCAAUUAUUUGUGUCAAUGCUCGGUUGGAUUCUGGUAGUAAAGAAACGACAAGGGAACCAAGCGCACCGGCAACAGGGAUUUAUGACCAACGGAUGAGUUUUAUGAAGAGCUUUUUGGUCCCAGAAAACGGUGUGCUUCUUUCUCCAUCAGAUACACAAGAGCGUUUGGAAUCACAUUCUUCAGCAAGUAGUGUUUCCAAAAAGAAAUCCACUUCACAACGUCCGGAUCUUUUCAACACAACCCAUGUGGUUACAGAAGUAGACUGUCCAAGCGGUGUUCGACUUUCUGGCGAUAUGUUAAGAAUUAAAGACUCAAGAAAAGAACCUGUAUCUGUUCGCCAGGAUAUACUUCCGAUUAACCUAUUGACAGGUCCAUUACCUCUACCAUCUCCACAGCCAUCCCCUCGUAUGACUUUUACAAGAGCACUUUUGAAUACAUCAGGAACAACAUCGGUGGCAAUUGCAAUGCCGCUUACGCAUAUCAGUAAUAGAACCUCGGACUAUGCAGCUAUAACAGAAGUGGAUAUGAGUACAUCAUCCCAUUCGGAUUCAUCAAAUCCAAAUAUAUGUGGUCCUCUUUGGCCCAUUGUGCGUACACCAAUGCCUUUUACUACGUGGUUAGGGAUCUAUACGGGAAUAACAGUAUACAAAUCGUUUAUACAUACCCAUUAUAAGACUAAGGAGACUCUGAAAGACUGCAAAUGUUUACAAAGGGUUUCUUCAAGAAACAAAAACAUUCAUCAAGUCGCUAACUCUGAUCCCAGGUUCCAAUCCCGUAGCUUACCAACUCGUUUGCGUAGAGCAUCAUUCUUUCAAACCCGCCUUCCUACAAUGUUUAUCUGGCCAUAUGGAAGCACAGUAUUGGAUGUCACUAAACGGAUUGUUCGAGCAACAUAUCCAAGAUAUAGUUUAGUCUACUGGAUAAUGUUAUAUAUUUGUAUACGUGGUCCAGUUGAGUUUGGCCUUUCUCGGUUAAUAUCUCAAUCAGUGGAAUCCCCAAAAAGAGUAGCCACCAUAACAUUGAGUAUUGCAGCUACUAUCACGGCAAUCACUAGUUCGUCCCUUGCAUAUUUCGCUAAUCCAUAA